UCCACUUUCUGAACGUAUUGUCGACUGGACAAUAGAAUUCAUAGUUAAUAGAGUUCGAUUGUGACGGACCGUUACUUCAUAAAAACACGUCCGUAACGCUCAUUGUCUUACAGUAUUUGUCAACAUGCAGACAGCUGAGCUUUAUUUAUUCUUGGGAGUUAUGGAAGAGAUGUCAGGAGAGAGUGUGGUGAGCUCGGCAGUGCCGGCAGCUACAACAAGGACCACUUCUUUCAAAGGAUCCAGCCCGAGCUCCAAAUACGUCAAGUUAAAUGUCGGUGGAGCCUUGUACUACACCACCAUGCAGACCCUGACCAAACAGGACACCAUGCUGAAGGCCAUGUUCAGCGGCAGAAUGGAGGUCCUCACAGACAGUGAAGGCUGGAUUCUGAUCGACCGCUGUGGGAAGCACUUUGGAACAAUCUUGAACUAUUUACGAGAUGGCGCAGUGCCACUCCCAGAUAGUCGACGGGAAACAGAGGAGCUACUAGCGGAAGCCAAGUAUUACCUGGUUCAAGGAUUAGCUGAUGAAUGCACUGCUGCCUUGCAGAACAAGGAGACGUAUGAACCUCUUUGUAAAGUGCCUCUAAUGACAUCAUCAAAGGAAGAGCAGAAGCUCAUUGCCACCUCAAAUAAGCCAACUGUCAAACUGCUGUACAACAGAAGCAACAACAAGUAUUCCUACACCAGCAAUUCUGAUGACAACAUGCUGAAGAACAUCGAGCUCUUUGACAAGCUGUCUUUACGCUUCAACGGGCGUGUGCUGUUCAUCAAAGACGUGAUCGGGGAUGAGAUCUGCUGCUGGUCCUUCUACGGCCAGGGCAGGAAGAUUGCGGAGGUUUGCUGCACCUCCAUUGUUUAUGCCACUGAGAAGAAACAGACCAAGGUUGAGUUCCCAGAAGCCCGGAUUUAUGAGGAGACCCUCAACAUCCUCCUGUACGAGUCCCACGACGGCAGAGGUCCAGAUAAUGCUCUACUUGAGGCAACGGGGGGCGCUGCCGGAAGAUCCCACCAUCUGGAUGAAGAUGAUGAGCGAAUCGACCGAGUUCGUAGGAUUCACGUCAAGAGACCAGACGACCGCACACACCACCACCAGUGACCUUUCACCCCAAACCAGUCUGACGCUGGACGGUCUCACACUUGUGCCUUAUGACACCCAGCGCCUCUUUUUCCACUCCACUUUUCUUCUCUUUUAGCCUGCUCUUUUCAGGAGACAAGCAUCUUAAUACUGUGUGUCCAGCUGCAGUGAUGCCCUAGUCAGUCCACACGUGGUCAGAUGCCCUUGAUCAUGGACACGCUACAGCAGUGAUCUACAAAGAAGUCAGUGUUUGAGUUUAUAACGUGUGGUCUUCUAUUACAUUCAGGGGAAGCAACGAAUCAAAUCUCUGCACAGGUUAAAAGCUCCUCCUCACUGUGGUGUAAAACACUACCAAGCCACACGGUGGCGCUGGUCUCCCCUUAGAGUACGUACGUUACUCGGGCUACUAUAAAACCUGAAGAUAUUAGAAAGUUACGUUUUUAUUGAAAGGCAGGUGACACUUUUAUUAGUCAUCCGCUGCAUUUAACGUCACAUUUAUUCCCUGCGUUCGACAAAACAAUCACCGUUGAAGAAGGAAACCUGAGCUGUGACCGGAGGUGUUUCAUGUUCUCUGGUGACAGAAUGAUGGCUGGUGGGAUGAAAUGAAGAAGUGUAACUGGAGCUCAGCAGUAGGAAGGGAAUCCUGUCUACAAGCCUUCUACAGGCAGAGAAAUUAGAGCUGUCUGUUGUCGUCAUCAAAGAAUGUUGUUCGGGGUCAGAAUAUCCAAGAAUCACAGUCCUCUGAGGUUUGUUGUACAAACGGAUAUGUAUGUUUUAUAUUUAUACGUUCUUUAUCACAAAUAAAUUUCUACAAAGAUC